CAUUCAAUCAAAUACAUCAUUUGGCAUAUAUCUCUCUCUUUCUCUUUCUUUUUUUCUAUAGCAUUGGUUGGAAUAGUAUUCUAAUAAACCAAUAAAACAUAUUGCUUCAAAAUGAGAACUGAAGGUCUUGUUGGAUUUCUUCUCCUCUUUGUGGUCACUCUUUUUGUGGCUGCAUCCGCUGGUAACUUUAAUCAAGAUUUUGAAAUAACAUGGGGUGAUGGUCGUGCAAAAAUCCUUGAAAAUGGACAGAGUCUUAGCCUCUCUUUAGACAGAGCCUCUGGCUCUGGAUUUCGUUCCAAAAAUGAAUACUUGUUUGCAAAAAUUGAUAUGCAACUCAAACUUGUGCCCGGUAAUUCUGCUGGCACAGUUACUACAUAUUAUCUAUCUUCUCUAGGGCCUACUCAUGAUGAAAUAGACUUUGAAUUUCUUGGUAACUUGAGUGGCGAUCCUUAUACCCUUCAUACAAAUGUAUUCACACAAGGAAAAGGGAAUAGAGAACAACAAUUCCAUUUGUGGUUUGACCCCACCAAGGACUUCCACACUUAUUCUAUUCUUUGGAAUCCUCAAAGCAUCAUAUUCUCUGUGGAUGGAGCACCAAUAAGGGAAUUCAAGAAUUUAGCAUCAAAAGGGAUUGAUUUUCCAAAGAACCAACCAAUGAGAAUAUAUGCUAGUCUAUGGGAUGCUGAGAAUUGGGCCACUAGAGGUGGGCUUGUGAAAACUGAUUGGGCCCAAGCCCCAUUCACAGCCACAUAUAGAAACUUCAAUGCACAAGUUUGUGUUUGGACUUCUUCUGGCUCUUCUUGUUCUUCCAACAAAUCCCCAUCUUCUUCAUCAACUCAAUCAUGGUUAAGAGAAUCAUUGGACUCAAAUGGUUUAGCUAAAGUUCAAUGGGCACAAAAGAAUUAUAUGGUUUAUAACUAUUGCACCGAUACUAAACGUUUUCCACAAGGACCCCCUUCCGAAUGUCUCACAUAAAAACUAUUAUGUGUUGUCUUUUAUAAAAAACUCGUAUUUAGAUCCUCUAUAAUCACCGCACUAUGCAUUGAUCUCUAGAAUGGUUAAAUCCAAAAACUCUUUGCACCAUGAAGAAGUUAGAGGAUCUCUACACGUUUACGUUCGUACAUAUUUUAAGUGUAACAUAUUCGUAAACUUUUCUUUCUUUUUAUUGUGUAAAUUUACAAUUAAAACUAUAUUGAUGAUUGAUGUAUACUUGUAUAUGUAUUGUGUAUUAUUGCAUUGUUUGUAUGUGAAAAAAGGCAUUCAUGUAUAUUAUAAAGGCAUUCAUGUAUAUUAUAAAGGCAAUAAAUGAUGAAAUUGUAUAUUAUUUUGUUCAAAUAUUUAACUGUAUGAGUUUAA